AUGGGAGAAUCUGCACCACAAAGGUAUGCGGUUGUGACUGGAUCAAACAAAGGAAUUGGAUUUGAGAUAGUUAAGCAGUUAGCUGAAGCUGGUAUCAAAGUGGUGCUUACAGCAAGAGAUGAGAAAAGAGGUCUUCAUGCAUUGGAAACACUCAAAGCUUCUGGUUUAUCUGAUUUUGUUGUUUUUCAUCCACUAGAUGUUGCUGAUGCUGCAAGUGUAGCUGCUCUUGCACAUUUUGUCAAAUCACAAUUUGGAAAACUUGAUAUUCUGGUUAACAACGCAGGGAUUAUUGGAACUAUAAUCAAUAACAAAGAGUUAUUUAAUCUCGCUAUCAUCAACCGUGGGGCAUUAUCAACAGAUAAUAGGAGAAAGGCAUUGACUCAAACGUACGAGUUAGCCGAAGAAUGCUUGCAAACAAACUAUUAUGGUUCUAAACUAACUGCGGAAUCACUUCUUCCUCUUCUUCAGUUAUCCGAUUCACCGAGAAUUGUUAAUGUGUCAUCCACUUUGGGACAGUUAAAGAGUAUACCAAACGGAUGCGCAAAGAGUAUAUUCAGUGAUGGUGAUAAUCUAUCAGAAGAGAAAGUGGAUAAAGUAUUGAAGAAAUUUCUGAAAGAUUUCAAAGAAGGUUCAUUAGAUGAAGAGAAUGGCUGGCCUAAGACUUUGGGUGCCUAUAUCGUUUCUAAAGCUGCUAUGAAUGCUUAUACAAGAAUUCUUUCCAAGAAGUUUCCUACUUUAAGCAUCAAUAGUGUUUGUCCUGGUUAUGUCGUAACCGAUAUAACUGCCAAUACCGGUUUGUUAUCGGUUGAAGAAGGUGCUGCUAGUGUUGUGAGGCUAGCACUGCUUCCUAAUGGUAGUCCAUCCGGCUUCUUCUUUUACAGGAGUGAAGUGUCUUCCUUUUGA